AUGUUUGUCAGUGAUUGGUUCUUUGUAGGUGCCAGCUUCUAUCUCUCGAGCUGGUACAAGAGACGUGAGCUUUCAUGGCGCGUCAGUAUUCUUUUUUCGGCUGCUGCUCUUGCUGGUGCUUUCGGUGGUGUACUCGCCUAUGGUAUUGGUAAGAUGGGCGGCGUUGGUGGACAAGAAGGUUGGCGCUGGAUUUUCUAUCUUGAAGGUAUCGCCACAGUGCUUGUUGGAGCAUUGGCCGUCUUUCUUCUUAACGAUUUUCCUUCCGAUCGACCGAAAUUUCUCACUGAGUCUGAAUGCAAACGUGUCGUGGCUCGACUACAAACCGAUACAGGAGCCGGAGCUGAUGACCAUUUCAGUUGGAAACAAGUCUUGACCACUUUUUCAACAUGGAAAGUCUAUGUUUGGUCCUUAUGCUAUCUCGGACUGUGUGUUCCUUUCUAUUCUCUAUCGUUCUUCUCACCAACCAUCAUUCAGAACCUUGGUUUCGUUGCGUAUCAGGCCCAACUGCUCAGUGCACCACCUUAUGUAUUUGCUUUUCUGACCACGAUGAUCACGGCCUACUUUUCUGACAAAUAUGCUCGCCGUAGCGUAUUCAUCAUUUUUUGGCUCUCCGUCAGUAUAGUUGGUUACAGUAUUCUAGUAGCAGUUGAGCAUUUGACUAUCAAAUAUCUUGCUGUGAUUAUUUCAGCUGGCGGUCUUUCUCCAUGCAUAGCUACUUGUAUCGCUUUUCUAUCAGGCAACAUCAGUCCAAAUACGAAACGAGCCACUGCAUUAGCGUUCAUGAUCUCGGUUGGCAACACAGGUGGAGUGAUCAGUGGGCAAAUUUAUCGCGCAAGAGAUGAACCUCGAUUUAUCCUUGGUCAUGCCGUCAAUCUAGGUUUCUGCGUACUCGGCUUAAUCAAUGCUGUGAUCCUUCUGAUUGGUCUUCGAGCAGAAAAUCGGCGACGUGAUCGUUUGUAUGGAUCUACACAAUCAUCAGCUGUGUCUGUAAGUGCACAAUCGAUCUCGUAUGGGACAGACGUAAAGUGCCCCGACAUAUUUGGUGUAGACAACGAAGAGAAUAGACGACGAUGGGGCUAUGAGACUUUGUCUGAACAGGAAAUUCGUGAUUUGGGAGAUGAUCAUGCUGCUUGGCGAUAUAUUCUCUAG